GAAACAACAAUAACAGAACAAACAACUACAGAACAACCAAGUUCAGAACAACCAACUACAGAACAAACAAUAACAGAACAAACAAGUACAGAACAACCAACUACAGAACUACCAAGUACAGAACAAACAAUAACAGAACAACAGCGUACAGAACAACCAACUACAGAACUACCAAGUGAAGACCAACUAAGUACAGAACAACCAACUACAGAACUACCAAGUGAAGACCAACUAAGUACAGAACAACCAACUACAGAACAAACAAUAACAGAACAAACAACUACAGAACAGCCAAUUACAGAACAACCAACUACAGAACAGCCAAGUACAGAACAACCAGUGACAGAACUACCAAUUACAGACCAACCAAGUACAGAACAACCAAGUACAGAACUACCAAGUACAGACGAACCAAGUACAAUCCAACCAAGUACAGAAGAACCAACUACAGAUCACACAAUAACAGACCAACCAAGUACAGAACAACCAACUACAGAACUACCAAAUACAGACCAACCAAGUACAGAACAACCAACUACAGAACUACCAAGUAUAGACCAACCACAUACAGAGCAACCAAGUACAGACCAACCAAGUACAGAACAACCAACU